AUGCCCCCCCAAUCCGCACCCACCGUCAUAUUCUGGCACCGCACCGACCUCCGCCUGCACGAUAACCCAGCCCUGCAGGCUGCCCUCUCACUCAACCCAUCGACCUUCAUCCCGAUCUUCACCUGGGACCCGCACUAUGCGUAUCGGGUCCGCGUAGGCCCAAAUCGCUGGCGCUUCCUGUUGGAAUGCCAGAAUGACCUUUCGCAAUCCUACAGCAAGCUGAACCCGAAGCAGAAGCUCUGGGUGGUUCGCGAAGCACCUCAAACCGUUUUCCCCAAGUUAUUCAAAGCAUUGGAUGUCACGCAUCUUGUAUUCGAGAGUGACACGGAUGGAUAUGCGCGGGAGCGCGAUGAGACAGUUACGAAGUUGGCAAAGGAGGCAGGGGUGGAGGUUAUAGUGAAGUCUGGACGGACAUUGUUCGAUUCCGAGGAGGUGGUGAAACGGAACAAGGGCGAGCCGACGAUGAGUAUUCAUCAGGUCGAGAAGGCGAUUGAGCAGAUAAACAAUGGGGUGCCGGAUAGGCCUGUUGACGCGCCGGAGACGAUACCUGAUCCGUUGGGGGAGGAGAAGAUGAGGGAUAUAAGUGGGCUUGAGCAUGAGGUUCCAUAUCAGGAGGAUGACAUAAAUGCUGCGCAUCGAACCAUGCACAACGACAAUCAGUACAACAACAUAGCAGGUCCCAAGGGCGACUUCUCCGUUCCCACGCUGGACGAACUCUCCAUCGAUCCCAGCCAAGCAACAAGCCCCCAUCACGGCGGCGAAUCCAUCGCCCUGGAGAUGCUACGCACCUACCUCCAGCAAAACGAAGACUUCAUCGCCACAUUCGAAAAACCCAAGACUUCCCCCGCGGCCUUCCAUCCACAGGCUACGACCCUCCUCUCGCCGCAUCUGCACUUCGGCUCUCUUUCCGUGCGCAAAUUCUGGCAUGACGUGCAGGAUACCCUCCAGCAGCGCGAAACAGCCCACAAGCCUACCUCAGACCUCCCUACUAAUCUCCCUGGACAACUCCUCUUCCGGGAAAUGUUCUUCGCUGCGCAAGCGGCCCUGGGACCAGUGUAUGCGCAGACGCGCGGGAACAAGAUCGUGCGGUUCAUUCCGUGGCAUUUACAAUCUAAUCACGAUAAGGAGACGGGAUUAGUUGACAGGACGUAUACGGUUGACGAUGAGCAAGCGGAGGUGUGGUUCCGACGAUGGAAGGAAGGGCGGACGGGAUUUCCGUGGAUCGAUGCGUUGAUGAGACAGUUGAAGAAUGAGGGGUGGAUUCAUCAUCUAGGGAGACAUAGUGUGGCGUGCUUUUUGACAAGGGGGGGUUGCUAUGUGCAUUGGGAGAGGGGGGCGGAGGUGUUUGAGGAGUGGUUGAUUGAUCAUGAAACAGCUUCUAAUGUCGGGAACUGGAUGUGGUUAUCCUGCACGGCGUUCUUCACACAGUAUAAUAGAUGCUAUUCGCCGGUGGCAUUUGGGAAGAAGUGGGAUCCAGAAGGGCGGUUCGUAAGACACUAUAUUCCGGAGCUGGAACACUAUGAUAAGAAGUAUAUCUAUGAGCCGUGGAAGGCGCCGUUAGAAGAUCAGAAGCGGUGGAAGUGUCGGGUAGCUGGGGAUGGGAUGGUCGAGAAGGACGAAGAGACUGGGUUAAGAGCUUACCCGGAGCCGAUGUUCGACUUUGAUGAGAGGAGACAGACGUGUAUUGCGCAGAUGAAGGAGGCAUAUGGGGUGCAUUUAAUGGGGAAUGAUGAGAAGGUUAUGGAUGGGUCGUGGAAGGAGAUAUUUGAGUACGAGGUUAAGGAUGGGGGGGUAGUGGAUGAGACGAAUGUGAAGGUGGAUGGGGACGGUGGUGAUCAUAAGGGAGGAGAGAAACGGGGCCGACAAGCAGGAGAUCAGGAUGGUAAAGAUGAAGAUGGAGGACAUGGUUCGAAGAAGAAAAAAUAG